CAAAAAAAAACAAUAUUCAAAAAUAUGUAAAAUACAUAAUUUCGUUAAAUUUACAAUUAUUAUAAUAAUCAACAAAAAAAAUGCAACGACAACGAUUUGAAUCAUUAUGGCAAGAUCGUGAUAUACGUUUCGAUGCACAAUCAUCCGAAUUAUCAUUUCGUAGUGGUGAAAAAUUAAUUGAACAAUGGCCAAAAGUUGAAGAUACAAAAGGUAAUACUGGUGAAAUUGGUCGAUUAGCUGUUACAAAUUUACGUUUAAUAUGGCAAUCAUUACAAAAACCACGUAUUAAUUUAAGUAUUGGUCUUAGUUGUAUAUCAACAUUAACAAGUAGAAUGAUACAUACAAAACUACGUGGUAAAAAUGAAUCAUUAUAUAUGAUGACUAAAGUAAAUGGUACACGUUAUGAAUUUAUAUUUAUUAGUUUAGAACCAAUACCUGGUGUAUCGAAAGAUAUAAUAGAUAUGGUUAGUCGUAUUUGUAAGGCAUAUGUUCAAACAAAAUUAUUUCGUGAUUUACGUCUUCGAUCGGCAAUCAUGUCGAUUGAUCAAAAACAAUUAAAAAUGUUACCAUCCGAACAGAUUUAUAAUGUUAUUAAUGGUGUAUGGAAUCUUUCAUCGGAUCAAGGAAAUCUUGGUACUAUGUAUUUGACAAAUAUUCGUAUUGUUUGGCAUGCAAACAUCAAUGAAUUGUUUAAUAUAUCAUUACCAUAUAUACAGAUACGAAAUGUUAAAGUUCGUGAUUCUAAAUUUGGUUUAGCUUUGGUUAUUGAAUCCAGUGAAUUAUCUGGUGGUUAUGUUCUUGGAUUUCGUGUUGAUCCAGUAGAUAAAUUAAAUUCUGUUUAUGAGGAAUUGAAUAAUUUAUAUAUGGUUCAUGUAGCCAAUCCGGAUUUUGGUGUACAUCAAUCAUUAACGAUGGCCGGUAUGGAUUUUACUGUAAAUUCUUCGACAAACAAUGCUGGUGAAUUUGAUGAUCCGAAUUCAAUGAUGUUUAUGAAUCGUUCGACCGAAAAUGCCGGAAAUUAUAAUGAAUUAUUUGAUGAGAAUGGUGAUAAUGAAGAAACUCGUAAGAGUGGUCAUAAUAGUAUAAGCGGUUAUGAUCCAGUAUUAGCAUAUCUUGCCGAAGAUGAAUCAUCGGAAAAACGUACACAUCAAUGGACAUAUGAUCCAAAUAUUGGUUUAUCAAUUGAAAAUAUUAAAGAUGGUUUUACUAUAGAAUCAUUAUGGGAAGUAGUCGAAAAUGUUAAUUCAUCAUCAAAAUGAAUUUUGAAUUCGUAAUUUAAAAGAGAAAAAAAUUUGUAAUUAAUGCCAUCUA